UGCGGAUGAAGGAAGCCACGCUGGGGUGCAGCAGCCCAGCGGGAUGGGGUAGCACUGCACUGCACAUCACAGCAGGGGCAAAGCAUAGCAUAGCAAAGCAAAGCACAAUUGAAAUCCAGGUUGGAGGCGGGGGCUUUUGAGGAAGAUCUAGAGCAGAGUCGAAACGGCAAAAGCACAGGUUAGCAUCAAUUGCGGUGACGACACAGAGAAUCUGGUCGGGGAAUUUGGGGGUGGUGGGGGGUGGUGGUGGCGCUGCUGCACCCCCACCAGCCGCGAGGGGAGUUAUGGUUGCUGUCAGGCGCCUUGUCCUUGGGAAAAGGGCACCGUGAAUCACUAUCUACUGCUGAGCUAUGAGACGCAGGGCAGCUUGUUGCACGAGACCUGCCGCUCUAGUUGCUCGCUCGACGUGGAGAGACCUUUCAUGUAUCAUUCUCCCCUGGGGCAAGUUAGUAUUGGGCGAUGGUGUUGCCUUUUCAUCACCACCUUUGCUACAGUCAGCUCCGAAUUCCUCAUUGAGAUAGUCUCUUGGUGAUCGAUGCUUGGCUCAUGAGUGUUACAGCUCCCUGGCAAUAUUCUAUACUCUGCGUUGUUGCAGCUCUUGUACUGAGUUGCUUAAAGGGGUGCUCAUGGGCAGAGACGUUGUGGUUUUAGAAGGGCAUAGCAAUCAUGGUUGAUUCAAUUUUAUGGUAGAUUUGAGUUUACGGACUCGUGCUUCGUGAGACUGCUCAGAGCCGGUUGCAGAUUCUGUGCGUGUUUCGAGACCGAGCUGGAGAGAUACUCUUGAUGUACCACAAGUUCCAAUUUCGAAUACAUCCCUUUCAGCGUAUAAAGUUGGAAAAUGAGAGUCUUACCGUGGGAAAGGAUGGGGUCACUCACAGCUAUCCUGUCUCGAGGACAAUUUAAAGGCAGCAUGACCAUGGAAUCGAAAAGAAUUACCUUGGAUUUGCUGCGAGUUUUAGUCUAGUUUAGGGACGUCCUGGCGACCGGUCUUGAGAAGUGCUUAACAUAAGGCAUUGACUGAGGGAUGAUUUAAGAGAGAGAGAGAGAGAGAGAGAGAGAGAGUCAGACAAUGAUAAUCGAGAUGUUGAAUAGGGGAAUUAUCGUCUGUUGGGCUCUACUACUACUCACCGCACUACCUAAAGGAAUUGUUGGACGACAUAUACCAGCUCUUUCAACUGGACCACCCGCAAGAGUCUCGAUGCAGACUCCCGGAGUCGAAGCUGCUGCUGCUACUGCUGCUGGGCACUUACAUAUGGGAGGAACACUGGGACAUGGCACCCAGUCCCAGGAGGGAAGCUCACCACCUCACAGAAAGAUUCUUCUAGGCGUUCGGAAGGAAGUCGAUAGGGACGAUUCUAUAUAUGGUCACAGAUUGUUGGUAGGCUCGUCUCCGCCCACUUGCCUAGGCAAAUGCGGCGCCUGCAUUCCCUGCAACCCAAUCCACGUUUCGAUCGGUAGCCCUCACGGUGCAUUGACGCAACAGGAAUACUAUCCCGAGGUUUGGAGAUGCAAGUGCGGAAACCGGCUGUUCAUGCCAUAGAACAUCAAACUUCAGACCGAGUUCCCUUGUCUCGCCAGUCAUGCGAUGAUUGCAGCAGGGAUUCACACGCGGAUUUACUUAUCCACGCCCCAAGUUAACUCUGCUUGCAACUUGUUGAUCUCGACCUGGAGAUGCCGUCCACCACUUUCUGCUGAAAUUCAGUGUCGCUUUUCAACAUCACCGUGCAACGUGCAAGAUACCAACAACUAAUGCACAGAAUUGAUAUAGCCGAUCGCAAACGCAGAGGCAUAUGAUCUGAUGAAAAGGUGGGGAGAUUUAAGUUAGUAUAGGGCAUCAGUGAUCAUCUACUCCGCUGUUCCACACACAGGGAGAUGGUGGAGGUUCUGUGUAUUAAAUUAAUUAUUGCAGGAGCGAAGGUUCACAUUGAGAUAGUAGCAACUUGUGAAAAGGCCGUAGAGUAUUAUUGUUCGAUCUAAUAAUGAAAGACGCAUGAGGGAGCCUCUAGGAGUGCCAGCGAGGUCAUGAUGUUAGAGCUUUCAACCGCGACGUAGUUCCUUGAGUAGCUCAGAUUGUCACAGCUCCAGGCUCAUGUAGCGGCACAUUCCAAAUUAGGCUGUUAGUAGUGCAUGGUUCAGGUAGUUAGCUAGGCAAAGCAUUUCUCAUGUUAUAGCUGACGAUGGCCUGACGGAAUGUACUUCAAUAUAAUUUCAAGUUUGGUUAAUGCCAGACAACACUUGAUCAGUAA